CUGUGCAAUGUGCAUUAUUAUCCUAUCCUUAUACCAUUGUCUGGAUAGAGCUCACAGCGAAAGCCACAGGGUCGAGGCAGCAGCAUCGAAAAUGGCAACCAUGGCUGCACUUCAGAGCUCCAUGACCUCUCUUUCCCUCUCCUCCAACUCCUUCUUGGGCCAGCGCCUCUCACCGUCCACUCUCUACGCUGUGCCGGCCAAGCCAUCAGAGAAGCCAUGUCUCAUUGUAGCGAAGCUUAAGCGAUGGGAGCGUAAGGAAUGUAAGCCAAACAGCCUUCCAGUCCUGCACAAAAUGCAUGUUAAGUUGGGAGACACAGUGAAAGUAAUAUCUGGACGUGAUAAGGGCAAAAUUGGAGAGAUUACUAAGGUCUUCAGGCAUAACAGCUCUGUAGUAGUAAAAGAUAUAAACUUGAAGACAAAGCAUGUGAAGAGCAGAGGAGAGGAUGAACCAGGCCAGAUUCUCAAGAUUGAAGCACCUGUACACAGCUCGAAUGUGAUGCUCUACUCAAAAGAACAGAAUGUAGCAAGCCGGGUGGGUCACAAAAUCCUUGAAGAUGGUAAACGAGUCCGUUAUCUUAUAAAAACUGGGGAAAUAAUUGAUACUGCAGAGAACUGGAAGAGACUGAAGGAAGACAAAAAGAAAACUGAAGUAGCUGCUGCUUCUUAGGGAUCCUAUCCAUGACUUCAUCCUUAAAAUGUAGCUUUUGCAUCUCUAUAUGCAUUUCUUUUCUUUCUUUCAUUCUUUUUUCUUUUUUUUUUUUAAUUAAUUUAACUAUUUUGUUACUGACACUUUGUUGAUCCAUAUAAACUAAUAGUAUUAUAGAUUUGUCCAUCCUGUACUAGUUCUGUCA